GAUGCCAGGUGUGGACUUUCAAGCCAUAUGACUCUCUCACAUUUAACCACUCAUUUAACGUUACCACGUUGAGGCAUUUGCAAGUGACUAGUUCUUGUUAACUAAAUUUCUGAUUUUUAAUCAACUUACUUGCCAAGUAAACAUACUUAGAGUACGCAUCAGCAUCACUACACUCUGAUUGAUCUUCAGCAAUCCCCGAGUACAUAAUUUUGAGGCAAAAUGUCUGAAACAAUGGAACGCAGCAUCGAAGAAAGCAAAAACGGACUAGAGAACGACGGACCACCAGCAAUGGAACCAGAUGGUUUGAUCGAGUCGAACUGGGACCAGAUAGUCGAGAGCUUCGACGACUUGAACCUGAAAGACCAGCUCUUGCGAGGAAUUUACGCUUACGGUUUCGAGAAACCAUCAGCAAUUCAAGCUCGUGCUAUCCUGCCAUGCAUCAAGGGGCACGACGUGAUCGCCCAGGCCCAGUCAGGAACUGGUAAAACUGCAACCUUCUCUAUUUCUAUUUUGCAGCAAAUAGACACGUCUAUCAACGAGUGCCAGGCUCUGAUCCUAGCUCCGACUCGUGAGUUGGCCCAGCAGAUCCAGAAGGUCGUGAUCGCUCUUGGAGACUUCAUGCAAGCUCAGUGUCACGCUUGCAUCGGAGGAACCAACGUGCGCGAGGACAUGCGCAAAUUGGAGCAAGGAGUCCACGUGGUGGUUGGAACUCCCGGUCGUGUCUAUGACAUGAUAAGCCGUCGCGCAUUGCGCACCAACAACAUCAAGAUGUUCGUUCUUGAUGAAGCUGACGAGAUGUUGUCUCGUGGAUUCAAAGAUCAGAUCCACGAUGUCUUCAAGCUGCUGCCAACUGAAGUCCAGGUUAUCUUGCUCUCGGCUACAAUGCCUAAUGAUGUCUUGGAGGUGUCCAAGUGCUUCAUGCGCGACCCGAUCAACAUCUUGGUGAAGAAAGAGCAGCUUACUCUCGAGGGUAUCAAGCAGUUCUUCAUUUUUGUUGAGAAGGAGGACUGGAAGCUGGAGACUCUUUGCGAUUUGUAUGACACUCUGAGCAUCACUCAGGCUGUUAUCUUCUGCAAUACUCGUCGCAAGGUCGACUGGCUCACUGAGAACAUGCAGAACCGUGACUUUACUGUUUCUGCUAUUCACGGAGAGAUGGAGCAGAAAGAGCGUGAUCUUAUUAUGAGGCAAUUCCGUACUGGAUCUUCUCGUGUUCUCAUCACGACAGACAUCUUGGCUCGUGGUAUUGAUGUCCAACAAGUUUCUCUUGUUAUUAAUUAUGAUUUGCCGUCAAACCGUGAGAAUUACAUCCACAGAAUUGGACGUGGUGGUCGUUUUGGACGUAAGGGAGUAGCCAUUAAUUUUAUUACUGAGGAAGACAAACGCACGCUUCAUGAUAUUGAGAAUUUCUACAGCACUCACAUUGAUGAGAUGCCACUGAACGUCGCUGAUUUAGUUUAAACUAUCAGUUGGCUAUAACUUACUUAGAUAGUAAUUUAAUUUUUGUAUGUCGAUAAUAAAACAACAUCAAUAACAAUAACAACUGCAACAUACAAUGUCUAUCCGUUUAAAAACAUUUAUAGCUCAAUUUCGUAAUUGAUUAGUUAACGU